AUGACGCUCUUCUCCGACAUAUCCCGUCCUGUCAACGGCUUCAUCUGCUUCAUAUGUGCUGCUUCGAUCUCCGUUUGUAAUCCCACCACUAGACAAAUUGUGAAGUUGCCGAAAGUUAGACUUGAAACUGUGGGGUUACCGAAAGGUAGACCUUUUGGUUACGGAAAACAGAAAAAAGAAGAACUCGAUGGAAGAGACAUGUACGCUCGUCUCGGUUACGAUCCGGUAGAAGAUCAAUACAAAGUCUUGUGCGUGAUGAUUGACGUUGGAUAUUAUAAUAGAGUUGUCGAGCAAGAGCAUUUUGUUUGCACAGUGAGGUCAUCUGAGAAACGAGAGUGGAGAAAGAUUGAAAACACCACCAGAGGGGGAGUAGAUCAUUAUGAUGACGCAGAAAUGAUUAGAUUGUGGAUUCUUGAGGAUGCUGAGAAACAGGAAUGGUCGAGCAUGACGUUUGACUUUUCUUCUGGGUGGGCAACAAGUUUACUUGGGACUUACGUAUUAUCUGAAGGAGUGACUCAUACCGGAGAGCUCAUGGUGUUUCAUCCACCGUGCUUAAAGUCAUGUAAGCCGUUUUGGGUUUUCUUUUGUGACUUAAACAGAGAGAGUGUAAGAAAAGUCGAGGUCCAAGGAAUGGAGAAAGCUGAUCUCGGACGUAAUCGAUAUGGUCAGCUUUUGGGUUAUCCAGGUCACGUUGAGAAUAUUAGAUUCUUGUGA